CUCAAUAUGUACAAUAUAUCUUGUUUUUAAAAUGAUGAAGUGUCUUCUUCCAUUCAUCCAACAGAUGGCAGGUUUGUCCUUCACAUGUAGCCUCAGUUGGAGCAGAGAGGAGGAGGAGGAGGAUGCUGUUGGAGCUAAAUCAGCGCUGGGACCUGGCUGGCUGGCUGAACUGAGCUGGGCUGAGCUGAACUGGGACGAGCUGCUGUAUCUGGAUGGUUGAGAGGAAAAGAUGGCUACCAGAAGGAAGCAGAGGAAGCAGUGACUUCUUUUUGGGAGUAAAAGCAUCGUUUAAUGUGUGACAUAUGGAUAUGCAAGGAGUGCCACACGUAACUGACAUAUUGGGGGGUUAUCAUCCACUUUCUAGCCGUAGGAUUCUGCUGCGUACUGGGCUGCCUUUGCCCUGACAAAGCCGCUCAAGAUGAACAUGGUGAAGAGGAUCAUGGGGCGGCCGAGGCAGGAGGAGUGCAGCCCCCAGGACAACGCGCUGGGCCUGAUGCACCUGCGACGCCUCUUCUCCGAGCUGUGCCACCCUCCUCGCCACAUGACCCAGAAGGAGCAGGAGGAGAAGCUCUACAUGAUGCUUCCCGUAUUUAACAGGGUGUUUGGGAACGCUCCACCCAGCAGCAUGACGGAGAAGUUCUCCGACCUGCUGCAGUUCACCACCCAGGUCUCACGGCUCAUGGUGACCGAGAUCAGACGAAGAGCCUCCAAUAAAUCCACAGAGGCUGCCAGUCGAGCCAUAGUCCAGUUCCUGGAGGUGAACCAGAGUGAGGAGGCGAGUCGUGGCUGGAUGCUUCUGACCACCAUCAACCUGCUGGCCUCCUCCGGACAGAAAACGGUGGACUGCAUGACGACCAUGUCCGUUCCCUCCACGCUGGUGAAAUGCCUCUACCUGUUCUUCGACCUGCCUCACAUGGCCGAGGCCCCGGCAGGCCCCACCCCGCAGCAGCCUCCACCACCGCCGCCACCCCCACCCAGCCAGGAGAAGACCCCAGGCCAGGGACACACCCAGCAGGAGCUCCCUCUGGCUGACCGCAGGGUGCUGCUCCAGAAAGUCUUCGUCCAGAUCCUGGUGAAGCUCUGCACCUUUGUGUCUCCGGCGGAGGAGCUGGCCCAAAAGGACGACCUCCAGCUGCUGUUCAGUGCCAUCACCUCCUGGUGUCCCCCCCACAACCUGCCCUGGAGGAGGAGCGCGGGGGAGGUGCUCACCACCAUCUCCCGGCACGGCCUCAGCGUCAACGUGGUCAAAUACAUACACGAGAAGGAAUGCCUCGGCACAUGUGUUCAGAACAUGCAGCAGUCUGACGACCUGUCACCGCUGGAGAUUGUGGAGAUGUUCGCCGGCCUCUCCUGCUUCCUCAAGGACUCUAGCGACGUGUCGCAGACCCUGCUGGACGACUUCCGGAUGUGCCAGGGUUACGCCUUCCUCUGCGACCUCAUGCUCAGACUGGAACAAGCAAAGGAGGAUGAAUCCAAAGAUGCACUGAAGGACCUGGUCAACCUGGUCACAUGUCUGACCACAUACGGGGUGACGGAGCUGAAACCCGCCGGCCUGACAACCGGAGCCCCCUUCCUGCUGCCUGGCUUUGUUCUCCCGCAGUCUUCUGGGAAAGGCCACACGGUGCGUAAUAUCCAGGCUUUUUCGGUGCUACAGAACGCCUUCCUCAGGGCUAAAACGAGCCGUCUGGCCUCGAUGCUACUCGACGCCAUCGGAAACAUCUACUCAGCCGAGUCGGCCAACUACUUCAUCCUGGAGUCGCAGCACACCCUGUCGCAGUUCGCGGAGCGCGUUGCCAAGCUCCCCGAUUCCCAGACCAAGUACUUUGAGCUGCUGGAGUUCGUCGUCUUCAGCCUCAACUACGUGCCGUGCAAAGAGCUGUUCAGCGUCAGCGUGCUGCUCAAGUCGAGCACGUCGCACGCCUGCAGCAUCACGGCCGUCCGAACACUGCUGAAACUGGCCAGGCACGACCCGGUGUUCAGCGACGUGCUGCGGGAGGUCGGCCUGCUGGAGGUGCUGGUCAACCUGCUGCACAAGUACGCUGCCUUGCUCAAAGACCCGGCCACGCAGCAGCAACCACACAAUAAUGACCAAGCUGACUGUAAAAACAACACCGUAGCAGAGGAGCAGAAGCAGUUGGCCUGGCUGGUGAUGGAGACACUGACUGUGCUGCUGCAGGGCUCCAACACCACCAACACUAAUGCAGCUCUGUUCAGGGAGUUUGGCGGCGCUCGUUGCGUUCACAACAUCGUGAAGUACCGGCAGUGUCGGGAACACGCCCUGCUCAUCAUCCAGCAGCUCGUCCUGUCGCCCAGCGGAGACGACGACAUGGGAACGCUGCUGGGCCUCAUGCACUCCGCGCCGUCCAGUGAACUACAGCUGAAGACUGACAUACUACGGGCGUUGUUAGCGGUGUUGCGUGAGAGCCACCGCACCCGGACGGUGUUCCGCAAGGUGGGCGGCUUCGUCUACGUCACCUCUUUGCUGGUGGCCAUGGAGCGCUCGCUGUGCCAGCCGCCGCGACACGGCUGGGAGCGCGUCAACCAGAACCAAGUCUUUGAGCUCCUGCACACCGUCAUCUGCACGCUCACCGCCGCCAUGCGCUACGAGCCCGCCAACUCGCACUUCUUCCGCACGGAGAUCCAGUAUGAGAAGCUGGCUGAUGCCAUAAGGCUGCUGGGCUGUUUCUCCGACACUAAGAAGCUGGGUCCCACAGGCGUCUUCCCCUCCAACGCUCAGCCUUUCCAGAGGCUGCUGGAGGAUGAGGCUGCCCCCGGAGGCUGCGCCGGAGACAGCGUCUGUCCCACGCUCAAACACUGCAGCAAGCUCUUCAUCUACCUGUACAAGAUGGCCACCGACUCUUUUGACAGUCGUGCGGAGCAGGUGCCUCCCUGCCUGACUCAUGAGACCUCGCUGCCCUCGCCGUGGGGCACGCCAGCACUCGCCAGGAAGAGACAAGGCUACUACGGUACGUCGGGCCCUCCUGCCCCAGUCAAAGCCCUGACAGACCUGAAGCUCCAUUUAGCCAACGUCUCCCACCAAACCUCCUCCUCAUCUUCGUCCGAAAUGGUGGUCAUCCACCCGGGGGCCGUCCUGGCCAUCCUCGAUUUGCUGCCCUCCGUCUGCUCAGACAGCCAGCCAGAGCAUGCCCUGGACCUGCAGCUGGCAGUAGCCAACAUCCUGCAGCUCCUGGUGAACAGUGAGAGGAACCAGCAGGUGCUGUGUGAAGCUUGCCUCCACCAGCGGCUGUUGCAGCGCUGCAGUCAGGCCCUGGGCGAUGAGGACCAUCCGCUGCACCCGCCGCUGCAGAGGAUGUUUGAGAGGCUGGCUUCACAGGCCCUGCAGCCGAUGGCACUCAGGGAGUUCUUGCGUCUUGGAAACCCUCUGAACUGCGGCGCCUGGGACAAGAAGCUACUGAAGCAGUACCGGGUCCACAAGCCGAGCUCCCUCAGCUACGACGCCGAGAUGAGAACCUUCACAGACAGUAUGACCAUGUCCAUGGAGGGCUUCGGCCCCGACAGCGUCUUCGCCACGCCGGCGGAGGACAACGGCCAGUACCGCAUCAGCCGCAGCCUGGUGCGCUCCGCCGAGGGCAGCACCGUGCCCCUCACCCGAGUCAAGUGCCUGGUGUCCAUGACAACGCCCCAUGACAUACGCCUGCACGGAUCGGCCGUCACGCCUGCAUUCGUGGAGUUUGACACCUCGCUGGAGGGCUUCGGGUGUCUGUUUCUGCCCAGCCUGGCGCCCCACAACGCUCCCACCAACAACACCAAUGCCUCAGGUGUCAGCGACGGAGCAGUGCUGAGCGGGAUGGGAACAGGGGAGCGCUUGUUUCCUCCUCCGUCGGGGCUGAGCUACUCCACCUGGUUCUGCGUGGAGCGUUUCAGCGCCGCUCCUCAGGCCCACCCGGUGCGACUGCUGACCGUCGUCCGUCGGGCCACGUCCUCGGAGCAGCACUACGUCUGCCUGGCGGUGGUGCUGUCGGCCAAAGAUCGCUCGCUCACCGUCUCCACCAAGGAGGAGCUGCUGCAGUCCUACUCAGCGGAUGAGUCGAGUGAAGAAGCCUCCUUCUAUGAGAUCCUGCCCUGCUGUGCUCGUUUCCGCUGCGGCGAGCUGAUCGCGGAGGGCCAGUGGCACCACCUGGUGCUGGUCAUGAGCAAAGGCAUGCUGAAGAACAGCAUGGCCACGCUGUACCUCGACGGCCAGCUCAUCAACACCGUCAAGCUUCACUAUGUCCACAGUGCGCCGGGCGGCUCCGGCUCCACCAACCCUCCCGUGCUGAGCACCGUGUACGGGUACGUGGGGACGCCGCCUGCCCAGCGCCAGCUCUCCAGCCUGGUGUGGCGUCUGGGGCCCAGCCACUUCCUGGAGGAGGUCCUGCCCGCCACCAGCGUCGCCGCCAUCUUUGAGCUGGGACCCAUCUACGUGGGCAGCUUCCAGGCCGUCUACCUGCCCUGUAAAGACUCAAAGACAGAGGUAGCACCUGCCUCCCCCGUGGCGUUGGUACCGGAGGAGAAGGUGUCCUUCAGUCUCUAUGCGCUUUCUGUCUCUACUCUCACUGUGGCCAAGAUCAGGAAAGUCUACAACAAGCUGGACAGCAAAGCCAUCGCCAAACAGCUCACUGUGUCCUCCCAUGAAAACGCCACUCCAGUCAAGCUGAUCCAUAACGCAGCCGGCCACCUCAACGGGCCGGCGCGAACCAUCGGAGCUGCUGUCAUUGGAUAUUUAGGUGUGCGUGCCUUCGUGGCCAAACCCGUGGCCACCAACCUGCAGUAUGUGGGUGGGGCGGCGGCCAUCUUGGGCCUGGUUGCCAUGGCGUCAGAUGUGGAGGGGCUGUAUGCUGCUGUCAAAGCGUUGGUGUGUGUUGUCAAAAGCAACCCGCUGGCGAGUAAGGAGAUGGAGCGCAUCAAAGGCUACCAGCUGCUGGCCAUGCUGCUGAAGAAGAAGCGCUCGCUGCUCAACAGCCACAUCCUCCACCUCACCUUCUCUCUGGUGGGGACAGUAGACAGCGGCCACGAGACAUCCAUCAUUCCCAACUCCACCGCCUUCCAGGACCUGCUCUGUGACUUCGAGGUCUGGCUCCACGCUCCCUACGAGCUCCAUCUGUCUCUGUUCGAGCACUUCAUCGAGCUGCUGACAGAAUCCAGCGAGGCGGCUAAAAAUGCCAAACUGCUGAGGGAGUUCCAGCUGAUCCCCAGACUGCUGCUGACCCUGAGAGACACCUCUCUGUCCCAGCCAACCGUGGCUGCCAUCAGCAACGUGCUCAGUCUGCUGCUGCAGGGCUUCCCCAACCCAUACGAUCUGCUCAGGUUUGGCCAGUUCAUCUCCUCGACUCUUCCCACAUUUGCCGUGUGUGAAAAGUUUGUCAUCAUGGAAAUCAAUAACGAGGAGAAGAUCGAUGGAGGUAAUGACGAUGACUUCGGUGGCCUCCUGUCAGCCAACCUAAUCCUGCUGAGAAACCGACUGCUGGACAACCUGCUCAGACUGCUCUUCACCACCAAAGAGAAGUGCACCGUCAACGCCCAGGCGUGUGAGGAGCUGGUGCGGACGCUGGGCUUUGAUUGGCUCUUGAUGUUCAUGGAGGAGCACCUUCACUCGAGCACGGUGACGGCAGCUCUGUGGAUCCUGGUGGUGCUGCUCUCCAACCAGUCCAUCCUCAACCGCUUCAAGGAGGGCCUGUGUGGAGGAGGCUGGCUGGACCACACCGACUCCGUCCUGACCAAUAAGAUUGGCACGGUGCUGGGCUUCAACGUGGGCCGCAGUGCUGGCGGGCGCUCCACGUUGCGAGAGAUCAACCGGGACGCCUGCCACUUCCCAGGAUUACCCGUGCUGCAGACGCUGCUACCCAAACACACCAACGUGCCGGAGCUCUACUUCCUGCUCAUGGCGCUGUUCCUGCAGCAGCCUGUCAUCGAGCUGCCGGACAGCCUGCAGGUACAUUUUGACCUGGACUCCAUCUGGACGUUCAUCUUUGGCAUACCGGCCUCCAGCGGGACUCUCGUGGGCUCCAUCCACAACGUGUACACCGAGGCGGCCUUCCUGCUGCUGGCCAUGCUGCGCAGCAUGCUCAACCUGCCGUGGCAGUCAGAGGAGGAGGGCUCCUGGCUGAGGGAGUACCCAGUCACCCUCAUGCAGUUCUUUCGGUAUCUUUACCACAACGUGCCCGACCUGGCACCAAUGUGGCACAGCGCCGAGUUCCUCUGUGCCCUGGCGGCUACUGUCUUCCCUUUCAACAUCCGACCCUACUCAGAGAUGGUCACUGAUUUGGACGACGAGGCGGGGUCUCCCACCGAGGAGUUCAAGGCCUUCGCUGGGGACUCGGGCAUGAACCGCAGCCAGUCUGAAUACUGUAACGUGGGCUCCAAGACGUCCCUGACCAACCACCCGGCCAAGAAGUACGUCUUUGACUUCAUGAGGGUCCUGAUCAUGGACAACCUCUGCAUGACGCCGGCCAGCAAGCAGACGCCCAUCAUUGACCUGCUGCUGGAGGCCUCCCCGGAGCGCUCAACCAGAACUCAGCAGAAGGAGUUUCAGUCCAACAUCCUGGACGGCGUCAUGGAGCAUCUUUUGGCUGCUGAUGUCCUUCUAGGUGAAGACGCCUCUCUGCCCCUCAGCAGUGGAGGCAGUUAUCAGAUCCUGGUCAACAACGUCUUCUACUUCACCCAGCGGGUGGUGGACAAGCUGUGGCAGGGCAUGUUCAACAAGGACUCCAAGCUGGUGGUGGACUUCAUCGUGCAGCUCAUAGGACAGUCUAAGAGGCGCUCCCAGGGUCUGUCCCUCGACACCAUCUACCACUGUCUGAACCGGACGGUGCUCUACCAGCUCUGUCGAGCCCACAAGACGGUAGCUCAGCAGGUGGCCCUGCUGGACGCCCUGCGGGUCCUGACCGUCAACCGCAACCUGGUGCUCGGGCCGGGCAACCACGACCAGGACUUUGUGGCCUGCCUGGCUCACUGCUUCAUCUGCCUGCACAGCGGGAGCAGCGUGGAGGGCUUCGGUUUGGAGGCGGAGGCCAGGAUGACAACCUGGCAUGUCAUGAUGCCCACGGAGAACGAGGCUGACGCUGCGCACAGCCACGACGUCAGCGAGGGGCGGCAGCUGCUGCUGAAGGCGGUGAACCGGGUGUGGACGGAGCUGAUGCACAGCAAGCGUCAGAUGCUUGAGGACAUUUUCAAAGUGUCUCUGCCCUGCAACGACAGAGGCCACGUGGACAUCGCCACGGCCCGGCCCGCCCUGGAGGAGCCGGCGCUGAAGAGCUGGCAGAACCACCUGGUCCACGAGAAGAAGUGUAUCAGUCGUGGUGAGGCAGUGGCGCCGGCGACCCAGUCCAAACUGUCCAGAGUCAGCAGCGGCUUCGGCCUCUCCAAGCUGACGGGUGUCCGCCGCAACAAGAGGGAGAACAGCCUGAACAAGAACAGCCUGUCAGCACAGGAGACUUUCCAGUGGAUGUUCACACACAUCGCUGUUGUCCGAGACCUGGUGGCCAUGCAGUACAAAGAAUAUCAGGAGCGGCAGCAGAACGCCCUCAAGUACGUGACGGAGGAGUGGGCGUCCAUCGAAUACGAGCUGCUGCGUGAACGGGGCCUCUGGGGCCCGCCCAUCGGUUCCCACCUGGACAAGUUUGUGCUGGAGAUGACGGAGGGGCCGUGCCGGAUGAGGAAGAAGAUGGUCCGCAAUGACAUGUUCUACAUCCACUACCCAUACAUCCCUGAGAUGGAGCCAAACACCAACUGUGCAACGAAGCCUCAACGUUACCGGCGAGCCAUCAGCUACGACAGUAAGGAGUACUACGUUCGUUUGCUGUCUGGGAACCCCGGCAUGUACCAGCACUCUGUGGAGCACAACACCGAGGGAGAGACCACGCAGCAUGAGCCCGAGCAUGGAGAGGACACCAUCGCCAGAGUCAAAGGUCUGGUGAAGGCUCCUCUGAAGAGGUCCCGGUCCACGGCGGACGGGGCAGACGAGGACAGUCAGGACCAGCUUCAGGAGCAGCUGUUGGAGUCGGGAGGCCCCGAGGAGGAGCAGAGGACCGACAACACGUCUCUGCUGCGCCUCCUGGAGGAGGGAGAGAAGAUUCAGCACAUGUACCGCUGUGCCAGGGUUCAGGGUCUGGACACCAGCGAGGGUCUGCUGCUGUUUGGUAAAGAGCACUUCUACGUCAUCGACGGCUACACCAUGACCGUGUCCAGGGAGAUCAGGGACAUCGACACGCUGCCCCCCAAUUUGCAGGAGGCCAUCAUCCCCAGAGGAGCGAGACAAGGACAGAGCCUACUGAAGAGAACCUGCAGCAUCUUCGCCUACGAGGACAUCAAGGAAGUGCACAAGAGACGCUACCUGCUGCAGCCCAUGGCAGUGGAGGUCUUCUCUGCAGACGGGAGAAACUACUUGUUAGCCUUCGGGAAAGGAGUCCGCAACAAAGUUUACCAAAGGUUCUUGGCGGUGGUGCCUUCACUGGCUGACAGCUCCGAGUCGGUUUCAGGCCAGAGGCCCAACACCAGCGUGGAACAAGGAUCCGGGCUCCUCAGUACGCUGGUUGGUGAAAAGUCAGUGACUCAGAGAUGGGAGCGAGGAGAGAUCAGUAAUUUCCAGUACCUAAUGCAUCUGAACACGCUGGCGGGACGGUCCUACAACGACCUGAUGCAGUACCCCGUCUUCCCCUGGAUCCUGGCCGACUUCGACUCAGAGGAACUGGACCUGAACAACCCCAAGACGUUCCGUAACCUCGCCAAGCCGAUGGGCGCCCAGACUGACGACAGACUGACGCAGUACAAGAAGAGGUACAAGGACUGGGAAGACCCCAACGGCGAAACCCCAGCGUACCACUACGGCACCCACUACUCCUCAGCCAUGAUCGUAGCCUCGUAUCUGGUCCGGAUGGAGCCCUUCACACAGACGUUUCUCAGACUUCAGGGAGGUCACUUUGACCUGGCUGACAGGAUGUUCCACAGUGUGCGUGAAGCCUGGCUCUCCGCCUCCAAACACAACAUGGCCGACGUCAAGGAGCUCAUCCCCGAGUUCUUCUAUCUGCCCGAGUUCUUGCUCAACGCCAACAACUUCGACCUGGGUGCCAAGCAGAACGGCACCAAGCUGGGUGACGUCAUCCUGCCACCUUGGGCCAAGGGCGACCCGCGGGAGUUCAUCAGAGUCCACAGAGAUGCGUUGGAGUGCGACUACGUGUCGGCCCACCUCCACGAGUGGAUCGACCUGAUAUUCGGCUACAAGCAGCAGGGACCGCCGGCCGUGGAGGCGGUCAACGUCUUCCACCACCUGUUCUACGAGGGUCAGGUGGACAUCUACAACAUCAACGACCCGCUCAAAGAGACGGCCACCAUCGGCUUCAUCAACAACUUCGGACAAAUCCCCAAACAGCUGUUUAAGAAGCCCCAUCCUCCUAAACGGGUUCGCAGUAAAGCCAACGGUGACGUAGCGAGCAUUCCUCCGAGCUCCAACAGCGACAAGAUCUUCUUCCAUCAUCUGGACAACCUCAGACCUUCUCUAGCACCGGUCAAAGAGCUGAAGGAGCCUGUGGGACAGAUCGUGUGCACCGACAAGGGAAUAGUUGCUGUGGAGCUAAACAAAGUCCUGGUUCCCCCCACCUGGAGCAAGACCUUCGCCUGGGGCUACGCAGACCUCAGCUGCCGCCUGGCGAACUACGAAUCUGACAAGGCUUUGGUGGUGUACGAGUGUCUGUCAGAGUGGGGUCAGAUCCUCUGUGCCAUAUGUCCGAACCUGAAGCUGGUCAUCACCGGCAACACCAGCACCGCCAUCUGUGUGUGGGAGACGGGAACCUCCAAGGAGAGGGCCAAGUCGCUGACGCUCAAACAGGCGUUACUGGGCCACACGGACGCCGUAACGUGUCUGACGGCGUCGUCGGCGUACCACAUUGUUGUCAGCGGCUCGCGGGAUCGAACCUGCAUCAUCUGGGACCUCAACAAGCUCUCCUUCGUCACGCAGCUCAGGGGACACCGGGCGCCCGUCUCUGCUCUGUGCAUCAAUGAACUGACGGGAGACAUUGUGUCGUGUGCAGGCACGUACAUCCACGUGUGGAGCAUCAACGGCAGUCCCAUCGCCAGCGCCAACACCUUCACGGGGCGCAGCCAGCAGAUCCUGUGCUGCUGCGUGUCGGAGAUGAACGAGUGGGACACGCAGAACGUCAUCGUCACCGGACACUCGGACGGCGUCGUCAGGUUCUGGAGAAUGGAGUUCCUCCAAGUCCCAGAAACCCCUGCUCCAGAGCCGGUAGAGCCAGAUGUGCCUGAAUGCUGUGGUGAGGAGAAGAUCGAGGGUGGCGAGCCUCACAACGGCGAUGAGGACAGCAGCGAGUCGGAUGGAGAAGAGCCCAGUCUGAGCCAGGAGCCCAAAGCGCCGCGCAACCCGUCAACGGGUGGAGGCAGCCAACCGGGCAGCGCCGUCCACAGACCCAGAGGUCCUUCAGCCCGAACGGGAGCCUCGUGGUCGAUGGACAGCAGCUCUGACGACUCUCACCGCUGGUCAGACACCCUCAGCAUCGACGAGAAGGACGGCUUUGUGUUCGUCAACUACUCUGAGGGCCAAACGAAGGUCCCUCACCCUCAUCCUCAUCCUCAUCCUCAUCCUCAUCCUCACUCUCACCCUCACCCUCACCCUCACCCGGCUCACCCAGGCCAGGGCUCAGUGCCGCAGCCUCUUCAGCCCUCCGCAUUGGACGCACGGACGUACAACCAGCUCAGGGCCGGCUACAGAUGGGAGCGCCAGCUGGUCUUCCGGAGCAAACUCACCAUGCACACGGCGUUUGAUCGCAAGGACAACGCUCAGCCAGCCGAGAUCACAUCCCUCGCCAUCUCCAAGGACCACAGUAAGAUCCUGGUGGGCGACGGUCGCGGUCGGGUGUUCAGCUGGUCGGUGAGCGACCAGCCGGGCCGUUCGGCGGCCGACCACUGGGUGAAGGACGAGGUGGUCGACAGCUGCUCCGGCUGCGCGGUUCGCUUCUCCCUCACCGAGCGACGCCACCACUGCAGGAACUGCGGGCAGCUCUUCUGCCAAAAGUGCAGUCGCUUCCAGUCGGAGAUCAAACGGCUGAAGAUCUCGUCACCGGUGCGAGUUUGUCAGAACUGUUACUACAACCUUCAACACGAGAGAAGCGCCGAGGACGGCUGCAGAAACUGAGCUGCUCCUCCACCUCCACCUGGAAGAAACACCUCCUCCUGCUGAGGACUCCAACCUGAGCUGAGGAGCAUUUCAUUCCUCCAACUGCCUCGUUGUUCCCUGAACACCUCCCGCUCUCCCUCCAUAAACCCUCCACCCCCUUUAUCCUCUCGUACGUCCAGUAACCACAUGUACUGUAACACACUGACAGACUGCAACAGGAGGGAAUGUCGGCCGUCUCAGCGAAGGAGGAGAAAAAAACUCAAUCACCACUUUUACCACCUGCACUCACCUGGAGGAGAGAAAAAAAAGCAAAAAGCACCCUCGAUGCGGCACGCUUGAAUCAAUCACCCGCCAUUUUUGCUUUGAGAUCAAGAACAGGGAAACCUCCUUUCCUCUUUCACCGCAAGACAAACUUGUUAAUAUUGUAAAUAUUUACCAUGGCCUUUUUAACUCAACGAGGAUCAAACACAGAACAAAAGAUAAGGUCAAUGAGAAAAAACAACUUGCCUGUAACAUAGCGUUGUGACUAACCACUCCUGGCUUUAAAAAAAACAAAACGAUUGUGUGUAGUCUGCGUCACGAGUCACGGCGAGUCCAGAGGGAGGGAUAUGAAUGUCAAUAAUUAAUGUCUGUGGGUUGACUUUACUAGUUGGUCUAGUUAUGCAAAAUGAUUUUCUUUUUUAAUUUCAUUUGUUGUUUACAAAGUUUUAUUUUGUGAGUGUUGCCCACAGCGUCAAGCCAUCACCAUCACACAGAGAUUUAUUAUCUGAUUUGUUUCUUCCGCCAAAUUGUUUUUGAUAUAUCAAUUAUGAUGAUUUUUUUAAUCGAUUAUGUCCUUUAUAUGAAUUCCCAUUUGGAGGAUUUUUGUUGUUGUUGCUGCUGUCUGAAGACUGGACACGUUAUCAUUUCAGAUUUUAUUUUUAAAACCAUAUCACUCCGUUGUGUUUUCCUAUUUUUUGUCUAGAGAGAGAAAACAUAAAGAGUUCAUCUUUGAUAAACUAUGAAUUAGGUAAAAAGUAACGCACACUCGUAAUUAAUGUCGCUUUUCCGUCGUGUCUCUUUCAUGUAUUUUAGUUACUGUACAGCGUCAAAGCGGCUUUUUGAAUGCACACAAAAAAGGGACUCUUAGUGUAUAUUGUGGUUUUUAUUCUCUUGUUGGUUUCUACUCUUACAGACUUUCACUCUGACCCUGUGGCAUUAUUACAGCACAUGUGGCACUCCGCACACUUUAUCCUCAGUCCUUAGAGAAGGCGUUAAACUGCAGCAGCAGCAGCCGCCUUUCAGAGAAAGAGAUUAUUAGAGACGUGGGAGAAGAUGUAAAUAAUUAUUUCAACCAUUAAUUCACAUAUGAAAUUCCCCAACAGUCCAAACAGGACAACAUCUCAGCUCAGAUUUUCUAAAUAUCUUUUGUCUAAAGAGUUAAAUACGUUGAGACUGUCGGACUGAACUGAUGUUUUACCUUUUUUUUUUUUUUUUUUGGUACAAAUGCAGGAAAGCGUCCGUAGAUUUAGAGUGAGCAUUGUAGCAUUAAAUCCACAUCAUGAUUUCCUAUUUCAACAAUAAUGUAUCCUGUUUUAUAUGCAUAAUUAAUAAUUAUAUAUUAAUAAUAAUCAAGGAUGCCAAGGAAACAAUUAAAUAACAUCCAUAAAUAAAUCCAUAAUUUAAGCAAGUUUAAGAUGAAAUUACUUGAAUUCAGUAUGGAGUUAGUUCAGUUAUCCUGAGAUGGAUUUAGUUAAUUGAAGGUUUUGAUAAGAUGACUUUUUUUUUUUUUUUUAGGGGGUCAAUAUUAGGUCAGAGAUAUCAACCUAUGUGGAUAAAUCUAUGAAGUUUAAUUUGUGCCAAAAAUCUGAUUUUGUACAUUCGUCAAAGUUCACGGUUUCUCGUUUGUUAAGGCUUUUGUUGUGAGAUUGUCUGAUUAUCAUCCCUGCUGUUUUGUCACUAACUGACCACGUAAGGUGGUCAUGCACAUACAAAGUCGUGGUAGGCAGGUGCUGGACCAAUAGACAGCAAUGAAAAAUGUGCACACUGUAGCUCCCUUAGGUGCAAUUUAUUGGCACAUCUUAAAGUAGUGCCAUUUUUUUCAGACAAAUCUGAAGAAGAGCAUCUGCUUGAAAAAUCACUACUUUAAGAUGUGCCAAUAAAGUGUCACUGACUGUCCAUUAUAGAGUCGCAAUCUUUGCAUUUUGUGUGAAAGUGCUUGUAACAAAAAUAACAGUUCUAAAAAAUAUAUUGACAUGCAAAUUAAUCGAAAAAAAUGAUCGUGUAAAACCUUAAGAAAUGUUCAGAUUCUAGCACAAAUGUAACCUCAUAGAUCCGACACUGUUUAUGUUAAACAACAGGCGAAACAACAGUAAAAAUCUACAGCAAAAAGAUCAUUUAAACAGUAAAAUAUUCAGUAAGAUCUAACAUUUUGGCACAGAUUGACCUCCGUACAAGGCUGCCAUGUUAACACGUUAAUAUCAGAGGGGAUUCAUAUGUUUUUCUAACAGAAAAUGUACAUUUGUCAUGGAUAUAAGUUCAUAAUUUAUCACCAUAAAGCACGUUUUAUUCUGCUGGACGCUGCUGCUGCUGCCGGGUUUAAUAGUCGGACAUUAAGAAAGUGUUUUUGUUUUUAUGUAAAGUCUGUACAUGGUGUUUUCGUUGCCCUCUUCUCUCUUCAUACAUGUUUGUUUUGUUUGUGGUUCUGUGGGCAACAACGUUGCAUUCAAGUGCUGCUUUUUCUUUCUUUCCCAGAGAAAACUGUUUUCUUUUUGUCUCCCACUACUCCUCCUCACAGUCUCAAACAUGUACAAAAAAGAAAGAAAACACUUUAAUAUUCACCCCCCCACGAUGUUAAAAUAAUAAUAUGCACUCUUGUUAUUGUCCUUAUAUCAUUCUGCAUUUACGUACUGUAAAUUAGUGCAAUCAUGCCAUCUCGCUGAAGUCAGCUUCUAUCAAUCAUGAGUUCGUUUGCACCUUCACCUGUACAAAAACAAAAGUCGAGAGGAAUCACAGGUUUUUAUUGAAUGCAGUUUGUCAUUUUAACAGAAAGGUGCAUUUCACAGCGGAUAAAUGAACUGUACAAAGUAUUUAUGCAAUUAUAACUGGUUUUAGAUUUUUUUUUUAAUGAUUAUUGCGAUUUCAGCAAGUUUUGUUACUUGUUGCAUGUCUAUUAACACAGCUGACUUUCUGUGUCAGUGCAUUGUACAUGUUCUCGGCAUUAUAUUUUGUUCUUUUUGUCUUUUUUGUUUGGAGGCAUUGUCUGAUGAGUUCGACCGAGCGACAGGUUUGUGUACAGAGCCGGAGAUCGUGUCCCCAACUCUGGGUGGACUUUUGUACUCUUUAUGGGAAAAAAAACAAUUAAGGACUAAUGAAGAAGAAGAAGAAAAAAAAAGAGAAACUCUUGGAUUAUUUUGGUGGUCUCGUAUUAGACUGCAUUACUACAGUAUCUGGUGUGCAAUCUGUGAUAGCUGAAUGUUCCUUGUAUAUUUGUGUUCACUACAUCCUCCAAGAGCAGAAACAGUAGAGUAACCUCCCCCCCCCCAAACCCCUUACAGAGACAAAAUGUUACAAUAACGCAAUAGAUCUGGUACUUAUUCUUUUAAUUUCAUUUCAAUAAAUAAUUGCUGUUUACCACC